AUGGUUCUUGCCAGAAACAUUUUUCAUGACAAAAGGCUUCAAAAGAGCAAAUCUGAAAGACGCUCAAAAUUGGACAUUUUAGCGGAAAAAAUCAGUUGGUUUCAGACAGAACUUUUAACUGGAAUUGAAAUUAACACAAAAGCUAAAUUGGCUAACCUUGUUGAAAAAUAUUUUCAGAGAUUCCAGAGUGAAUUGGAACAUAUCAAAAUAAUCCAUAGCAUUGGUAAUCGGCGCGGCAAUCGUCAUGCAUCAAGAGAAGCUUCCAUCAGGAUGACAUUAGACAUGGAAAAAUCUCAGUUUAAUGGUGGUGGAUUUGAAGUUCCUAAUCUCAUUGUUCAAGAAAACUGUGAUAUUCUGAAAAACUGGGAUGGCCAUUACAGUUAUUUGCCGAAAAUUAAAAUGAUCAAAGUUUCUGUUCAGGACUUAAAGGAAAAUAAGCAAAAGCAAAUCACAUCUGCUGAUAAAUCUGUGAAGCCAAAAGGGAAAAUGACUGUUGGUGAAGAUGAAGAAAUGAAAAUUACAGAAAGCAAAAAAGACGAAAACGUUAUAGAAAGCAAAAAAGGCGAAAACGUUACAGAAAGCAAAGAAGACGCAAACGUUACAGAAAGCAAAAAAGACGAAAACGUUAUAGAAAACAAAGAAGACAAAAACCUUACAAAAAACAAAGAUGACGAAAACAUGAAUGAAAUUGAUGACAUUGAAGACAUUGAUGAAGAUAAACUUCUUCAAGAUUCAGAUGAAGAUGUUGAAAUGACAGAAAAAGAUAAAUGUUAA